ACACCCUCCAACUUUUGGUAGCUUAGUUUAUCUUCUGUAAAUACGCGUGAUUAUACAAUAUUUGCACGAAUGAAUGACAUAAAUAAUACAACAUGGAAAGUGUGCGUCUACUCUAGAAGAUGCAGGACGAUACUCUUGACCACGCCCACAAUACUGGACUCGCUCUGGCCACACCCACCCGCUCGCGCUGUAUGGAUGGAUUACUGGACAUUCAUGUGCUAGAUUGCUGUGAAUUAAACCGGAAACUGUAAUGAUGCUUUAGGAUGAAGCAUGGCUCUGUUGAGGAAAAUCAACCGUGGACUCAUCAUUCUGCUCAUCCUGGUGGCAGUUGCUCUUCUGUUUAAAAAGACGCUACCCAAGAUUUCAGAGCUGAAGAAAGAUGGCUAUCAAACAGGUGUUGAGGAUGAAUUGGACGGAGACAUCCCUGUGCUAAUCUGUGCAUCCGAAGAGCGAAUCGGCGCUUCCAUGGCAACCAUCAACAGCGUCUAUAGCAACACGCGCGCUAACGUUUUCUUCUACAUAGUUACCCUGCAUGAUGCCAUUAGAAAGAUAAGGGAAUACAUUGAGAAUACCAAACUGAGAAAAAUCAAAUACAAGAUCCUGGAGUUCAACCCGAUGGUGUUGAAAGGGAAAGUAAAUCCAGACUCAUCCAGACCAGAACUGCUGCACCCUCUGAACUUUGUGAGGUUCUACCUGCCGCUCCUUGAAAUUGAAAAUCACAAGCAAAUUAUUUACCUGGAUGACGAUGUCAUAGUGCAAGGAGAUAUACAAGAAUUGUACCACAUUAAACUGAAACCCGGGCAUGCAGCCGCUUUCGCUUCAGACUGUGACUUGCCCCAAACUCACGAGAUGGUGCGCAGCGUGGGGAUGCAGACGACAUACAUGGGCUUCCUGGAUUACCGCAAAGAGGCGGUCAGAGAACUGGGCAUCAACCCCAGCGACUGCUCAUUUAAUCCUGGGGUUUUUGUAGCAAACAUUGCAGAGUGGAAAAAGCAACAAAUAACCAAACAGUUAGAGAAAUGGAUGGCUAUAAACUUCAGGGAAAACCUGUACAGCAGUGCUGUGGCAGGGGGUGUGGCCACCCCUCCAAUGCUGAUCGUCUUUCAUAAUAGAUACACCACCAUUGAUCCACUAUGGCAUGUCAGACACCUGGGCUGGAGUCCCAGUGCUCAAUAUCCUGCAUUAGUCCUCCAAGAGGCACAACUACUGCACUGGAACGGCCAUUUCAAACCCUGGGAAUACCCAUGUGUCCAUUUGGAGCUUUGGGAGAAAUGGUUUAUUCCAGAUCCCACAGGAAAGUUUUCUCUGGUACGACCAUAAGUUUAAACACACUGGUCUAAAUUUUAAAUCUAUAGGGAACUUAACAUGAAAACACAGCAGA